UGCCAGGAAACGGAUUGCGAAUUCAAGAAGCUGCUGCCAGGAAAUCAGAUUAGGGUCUAGUAAUCCCCAGAAUAGAAAUCGCAGAUGGAGGAUUCCAAGAUGGCCGAGAGUAGUAAAGCUGGAACGGUAUUACAGACGUAUCCACGAGGCCUACUAGCUUUAAUCUGCCGAUUAGCUUAAACGGAGAUCGACCGGCGCCUUACCCGGCCUGAGCGAACUUAUCAUGUCGCCGUCGCAGCUGUACCAUUCGUGCCCCGUCACCGAUGACUCCGUGGACUGCGACUAUGCACCACCCAGCACCGCCCAGCACGACCCAGCACUACUAAUAGACCCCUCGCUGCUGCCGGAAAAGGAUAAUUACUCCAAGAACCCAAGCCCCAGCAGCAGCUCGAGCCACGUCAGCAGCGCUUCAGAUCCAAUCAGAUUCUCGUAUCGACUGGCCCAAGUAGUACCGUGCGUUCAGUCCAUCGCGGCGACCGUGCUCGUGCUCCUCCUCGUCACCUGGUGUGCCACCACCUCCUUGCAGCCCGUCACACUCUGCUUCAUAAGCGCCGUGGGCUGCGGCAAAGGGAUACGCGAAGCGGCGCCUCGCCAAGCGUCCCUCGUUCCCGGAUCCUCUUCCCAUGAAAGCUCCCUCAGUCCUGGCUCCCUCAGUCCCGGCUCCCUCGUUCCCGGCUCCUCUACCAUCACAUCGACUCGCCUCCUCCGCGCGUUCCGAGAGCGCCACGCGUGCCUCGCGACUCGCGGCCGCUGGCGCCUCGAUCCCGACCCGCGCCUGCUGCCCUGGAAGCCGGCCGGCCCGCGCGGCCGCCUCUCGCCGUGCGACGCGGCGUGGACGGCGGACGCGGCGAGGACGGGACACGUGGCGGGAGGGGAGGCGGACGAGGUGGCGGAACGCUUUUUUCGUGAAGUCGAACGGUUUUCGCUCGAAGGAAAGCGUGCUUCCGUGACAGGGAAUGCGUCUUCCACUACCAUUAGUAGUAGCGUGGAGCAAGGGAGGGGGGCGGCGAGAGAGUGGCGCGUGAGGGAGACCGUCAAGUACCGAUGGGUCCCGGAUGCCUCGUGCGGACGGUGGGAGGCGGUAGAUGGGAGAAAGUUAAUCGAGCUGAUCAAGGGACGGAGGAUGCUCGUAGUGGGUGACUCUAUAUCGGGGAUGAGCUUCUGCUCGCUGUGGAACCACUUGCUGAUGCAGCCGCAGCAGAGCAUCUUGUCAGCAGCAGCCGGGAAUGCUUCUGCAGAGCAGCUCAAGGGUUCUGCAGAGCAGCCGAAUGGCUCUGCAGAGGCGAUCAAUGAGGCGAUCAAUGCUCCUGCAGAGCAGCUCAAGGGUUCUGCAGAGCAGCCCAAUGGGUCUUCAGAGCAGCUCAAGGGUUCUGGAGAGCUGCAAGUUGCAGUUGAGGAAACAGUUCCAGAGUUCUGCAAGGAGCGAACUGCGAUUCCUGACCUGGCAAAACGACGUGUGGUGGCCUGUUCGGAGGUCAGGGCGGGUGAUGUCUCCAUUGUGAACAUAAGGGACGACCUCCUAAGCACUGCAGCGGAACCAGUAGUUCAUCUCCCACAGCGGGUUUCCAUACCCUGGUUUGAUCAAAUACUCCCUGACACAGGAACGUCCAUUCUCGUGAUCAACCGCGGGGCUCACUACGUAAACAACAGCCUAUUUAUUCCUCAGCUAAACGAGACGCUUACUAAAGUGCGUGCAGCUGCUCCUGAUCUCCUCCUCAUAUACCGCAGCUCCUCACCGGGCCACAUGCACUGUGAGCAACUUACAGCACCGCUCAGAAAACCUCAAGACCCAUCCCAGUUGCCCUACCAUUGGGGGGAUUUCGCUGCUCAGAAUGCCGUGGCCAGGCAGCUGGUGGAAGCGGUAGGGGGGGUGUAUCUGGACGUGGCUCCUAUGACGGCUCUGAGGCCUGAUGGGCAUUUGAGUCCGCCCUGGGACUGCCUGCACUACUGCCUGCCAGGCCCGCCUGAUGAGUGGACGAGGCUGCUGUAUCAUAUGCUCAAGGACCUGGUAUGAUGUGCCUGUAGUGUAGUGCCUGUACACACCGCUGGAAAAUGACUGGGUGCAUGACUUGGCGUAUCCAGCUGGACGUGGCGCCUAUGACGGCUGCGGUGCGGGGCCUGACGGGCAUUUGAAUCCGCCCCCUGGGAAUGCCUGCUCUGCUGCCUGCCUGCCUGCCAGGCCCGCCUGAUGAAUGAAUUCGCAUUGCUGUAUAAUAUGCUUCAGGAUCUGGUGCGACACAACACCGUCUCCACUGAAUUCGUCUAUUCCCAUGAUUACUUGAUAUCAUUGCCUGUAUCUUGGAUCCACGCCCUGUAAUAUAGUCGGCGUUAAACGGUUCCGAAGUGGCGCCUAGCCAUGCGGGAAAGACCCUGGCCUAAUGCCGGCCUUAGCGGCCGCCUUAUAACGGUUCGUCUUAUAUCGCAAGUCGCUCGAAGUCUGCACGCGAAGGCUAGCUCGCAGGGCCGUAGCCGCCAUGUGAGCACGAAUCAUCAACGGUGGAAAAUAGAAACAAUUUGCGAAGAUGAAUUAUUGGGUCUCCCCAGAUCGCGAGUCGAAGCUGCUACGAAGUUUCUAGGGGUAGCUCCGGCCAGCAGUAGUGGCAAGUUCCACUUUCAGCGUUCCUCGCCUUCGUCUGAGCCUUCCGAUCGUGGGUUCAGAGAUCCAUGGGAGGUCCACAACCGUCCGAUUGCAGGUAGUUCCGUGUUUCGUUCACCGCUUCACUCGCUACAAACGAGUCCCCUUCAAGCGAGGACGUUCUCGAGCGGGCUCGGCGCGGCACAGGAGUUAGCGGCGCUAGAUUCAGGAUCGCGGGACGAAAGCGAACGAGCAGACGGAGAACGGAGCGCGGGGAAGGAUGCGCUCGAAAGAGCAGACGGGGAAAGAAGCGCGGGGAAUGGCGCGGCGGAAGAAGUGUCUGCCACGCCCCGCAGCGGAUCCGCAUCCUCGUUUGUAGCGUCCUCGACUGCACGGCAUUCCUUUCGUCGCGCCAUCCGGACUGGACCGUCGCUUUCGGAUUUCGUAAGGAGGGGAGGUGCAGGAGGCCAGCUGGGCAAUCGCGUUUCAGAUAGUGCGGCGGUAGCAGCAGAGUCAGACGCAGAAGUAAGAGCAGCAGCCAAGGGAGCAGUAAGAGCAGCGCGGAGGGUGGGAGGCGCGGAGAGAGACUCUAAGGAACCGGCUGAAUCGGCUCCUGAUCUCCCAUUACUCAAUCCCCAGCAACGCUCGGAUUCGUUACAAGCACAAAUGGACGGGUUCCAGACUAGCCUCCCACCCCAGUUUCACGAAUCUAGCCUCGAUAUUGUCACAAACUCGCUUCCAGAUAAGUUCACGGACCCCAGGGGAGUGUACCUCGAGUCGUACGGCUGCCAGAUGAACGUGAACGACCUGGAGGUGGUGCUAGGGAUCCUCAAAUCCGCAGGGUACCACGUGGCACGCGCUGAUAGGCCCGAGGAGGCGCGGGUGAUUCUGGUGAACACGUGUGCCAUCAGGGAUAAUGCGGAGGCGAAGGUGUGGCACAGGCUGAAUUACUUCAAGCACGUGAAGCGGAAGUGGAGAGAGAAAUUCGUGCAUUCUGCUAGUGCUGCUGCUGCUGCUGCUGCUGCUGCUGCCACUGCUAGUGCUGCAUCUGCUACAGGGUUACCACCUGGCUGGUUACCGCCUCCUCCCAAGGUGGCGGUGCUAGGGUGCAUGGCAGAGCGGCUCAAGGAGCAGCUGGUGGCGGGCGAUAGCAUGGUGGACGUGGUGUGCGGGCCGGACGCGUACAGGGACCUACCAAGGCUGCUAGACGAGGUUGAGGCAGGCCAGCCGGGAGUCAACACCCUCCUCUCCCUCGACGAAACCUACGCUGACGUGUCCCCGGUCCGAAUCGCUUCCAAUUCCAUCAGCGCUUUUGUGACUAUAAUGAGGGGGUGCGACAACAUGUGCUCCUACUGCAUAGUUCCCUUCACGAGGGGCAGGGAGCGCUCCCGGCCAAUCAGUAGCAUUCUGGGAGAGAUUGAGGUGCUUGCUGGGCAGGGUGUGAAAGAAAUUUAUCUUCUCGGGCAGAAUGUAAACAGCUAC